AUGAGCAGCAUCAGCUCCCGGUGCCAGCCCGGCUGUGAGGUGACCUGCCCCGAGCCCUGUGCCUAUGGCAGGAGCCUUGGCUCCUGUGUGGCCUCCUGUGGGGACUCCAGGGCCGUGGUUUAUGCCCCUCCAGUGUUCAUCACCUUCCCGGGCCCCGUGUUCAGCAGCUGCCCCCAGGAAGCUUUUGUGGGGUCGUCCUUCCCGCAGCCCUCCGGUGCCCUGACCCCCAGGAUGGGGGGCUCCUAUGGCUCCUAUGGCUCUGGGGGCUCCUAUGGCUCGGGGGGAAUGUCAGGGAUGGGGGGUUCCUCUGGAUCUGGGGGCUCCUAUGGCUCCGGGGGCUCCUAUGGCUCCGGGGGCAUGGGGGGCUCCUCUGGAUGCUGCAGCUCCGGAGGCUCCGGGGGCUCCUCGAGGCCAGGGGGGUGUUACAGCAGGAGGUUCUACACCAGCAGCAGCCUCUACCCCCGCCUGGGAAACUGA